ACAUAACAUAAGUGAAGCCAAUUGAGUAAACACGCAAAAUAUUAUGACUGCAGUUCUAUCGAUUUGAAUUGCAAAGUUUCUUUCUUUAUCAACGUUUUUGAGAAGUGUUUGUGUAUUUUGUUGAAAACAAAACAAUUAACUAUCGUUUAUAGACUGAAUGGUAUGCUGUUAUUCCAUCGUAUUUUCAGAAUACUACUAGCGUGAGAUUUUAGUAUUCGAAUGCAUUGGUGAGACGCGUGCACCGCAUUCAAACGUUCGAUAGUGUAUUUUCAUCUGUAUAAAAGCAAAAUCACAAUAAAACAUCAAUAUGAACUGGCAUGGUAAUACUUUGGAUACACGUCCGCUAAACCCGGUCAAUCAGAAUAAAAUUAGACAGAUGUUCGCUAGGGAAAAUUUGGAUACAUAUAAUUUGGAUGGUAACUCAGAUUCGGAUCAUAGUGUCGAUGCAUGUUUGGAUGACACAGGAGUGUCUGAGUUAGUUGGUUGGGCGGUAAAAAAGAAUAAAGGAACCAAUCUUGAUCCAGAAAUUCGAAAACGACCAGUAAAGGUUUCAAACAGUCCACUUUCUGAUUAUAAUGUCGAAUGGACUCGAAUGAGUCAUACAUCUGAUUCAUUCACACCGUCGUCACUGUCAAACCUAAGUCUUCCGUCAAAUCCUACAAAUCGAUCAUGGACAUUUAGCACACCACAACAAAAUCGAAGAAGUCGAACCAGCUCAAGAACACCGGCAGCCAUUGUACGCGAUAGAAUGAGAAAAUCCGUCGAUCGAAUUCGUUCGCCAAGAAGAACCACGAAAUUCAAAGGAGAUAUGAUUCCGAACACUUUUCUACCGACAAAUUUCAGCACACCAGUUGGAACAAAUAAAAAACGAGCGUCUGUCUUUGCCACCAAAGAACGACAUACUGAAAAAGCAGAUAACGACCAAGAAGUCAGCUCAUCGAACGGAGAUGCUCACGAAAAAGAUGCUAGAACACGAACAAUGAACUCAUCAGAUAAAACGCUAACAAACGAUAGCAAUAAAAACAAUGAACCAGUAUCGACAUCAAUUCGAGUACCAGAAACACAACCAAACGAUACUAUAGUUCCGGAAACGCAACCAAAUGACACUGCAAUCCCAGAGACGCAACCAAACGAGACGGUAAUUCCCGAAACUCAAGAAAACGAAAUACCAGAUUCACAAAACGAUCACGAAAAUAAUCCAGUGCAAGCACAGGUUACACAACAGAAUACAGACCAGCAGGCAGCGCCUCGAAGCAAUAAUUUGGUGUAUAGCACACAAAAACUUCAACCACAUCCAUCGAUUCGAGAUAAAUCACCGAUGACAACACCAUCGAAAUACGUGCCAUCAUCAACAACACCAGGCCGAAAUCUAAUGUCAAGAACUCCAUCUCGUAUUCCAGUAUCGAAGAUAUUCAGAGGAAUUGUCCACACGCCGAGAUCAAAUAUUGGUGAUGCAACGCCAGCUAGUUCAAAGAAUGGCGGAUGGCGUCAUGACUUUAUCGUAGUGCAAACGCCAACCGCAAAUCAACAAACGCAACCAAUAUCAACACCAGCAACAGUAGUUCCACCACAAAAUGUCACGAUAAAUGUGAAUGUAAGCAAUUCACAUCCCCAAACAUCACAACCAUCGCAACAAGAACAACAACAAACAAAACAAACAACACACACGAUUCGUACAAAUAAUCCGCUUAACGAAAAUGGUCCAAACGCUGAAAAUGGAAGCAACGACAGUAUACUGACCAAUGAUAGCAAUUCGAACGAUGGUCACAAGAUGAUCAAUUCCGAUCGAUCCAAUACACCGAUUUUAGACCGUGGCAAUAUUUCGGCAAGACGCAAACUCUUUCCGAAAGACGAUCCAGAACAAUCCCGACGCGAUGGAACAACUUUCAACAAAAUUGACAAUUUAACGCGAACAAUUACAGGAGAUUCAAUUGCAUCGCCAAUGCGAACACGACAACGAAACUCGAACUUGAGUGCAAAGAGUGUGUCAAGCAUUAUGGUGCCAAGUUCGCAGACAUUUGUUAAACCAAAAACAUCAAUUCAAAAUGCAACCUAUGAUGUUGCAACAGAAAAUGGAUUGGCCCAACCAUCAAAUGACAUUCCAAACGUUGGAAUGAAUUCCACUGAAAAUUCGCAAGCACUGACAUCGUCAAGCCAUACUGGCGGUGAUACAUACAGUAUUAAUGAUGCAGCCAAUUUGCCAUCAGAAGCAUUUCUUGAGCCCAUCGCGGAUGAUGAAGGACAUGAAAAUGAUGUAGCCUUAAUCGAUCGAAAUGAUGAGCAACCAUCUGUGAACGAGCGCACAUCGCAACUAAAUCAAACCAAUUCUCUUUCAAAAGAAUUCAAUCCGGUUGUAAAAUUGAAUCGGAUUUCAAUGAGAAAUUCAACACGAAAAACAAUUGGUGAUUCAACUGAAAAUAUUUCAAAUUUGCACGCAAGUAAAUCGUACAUUCAACCGCCACCAUUUGAAUUUCAAAAUGAUGACGAUUUAAUAAAGGAGGGAUCACCACAAACAAGUUUGCGCAAUUUUAAUGAGCGUAUAUCUCAAAUUCGUCAAUUUUUACAGCAACAGAACCAGUCACUUGGUUUGAACAGUAACAGCAGCCGAGUAGGAAGGAAGCGAAUACCAAAAAAGAAAAAUGAAGAUUUAGAAGUUUUCGAAAAAAAUAUCGAAAAAAUCAAACAUAAGGAACCAUCGAAAAAACCAACGCCACGUCAACUUCGUUCGACUAUUUUUGAAGAUGAUGAUGAGACUGUUGAUGAAAAUAUCGAAACGACAAAAAGCAGUAAAAGUUCAUCGGCGGCCAAUGAUUCUGUAUUCAAAGUGCCAUCUGCGCCUGCAGUCCGGGUAUCAAAAUCAAGAUCAAUAAAUGUAACCAAAAACAACAGUGUCAAUGCAAACCAAUCAGUUUUGACAAUAUCGCAUGGGCCAGAGCAACAACACGAAUCACAACAAGAAGAACAAGAAAUGGAACACGAACCAAUUAAUGUUGAACCAAUGGAUGAAGAUGAAUUCAUUGAAAACAAUGAACCGAGUACAACAGAUCAAAGUGUACAAAAAGAACCAUCGCCAAAACGAAAGCAGAAAGCUCAACCGAAAGUUCGAACAAAUGCGACAAAAAAAACGAAUCAAACGACGGCGAAAGCAAAAAAACAAGUAGACAUUGCACCAGAAAAUGAAGUCACAUCAACCGAAGUUCCGACUACCAUGAGAAGAUCAGGCCGUGAUGUAAAAGCAAAUUCUUUGCAACAGUUCCGAAACGAACUUUAUAGCAGUGUGGUUAGUAAACCCACAACAAAACGAAAGUCAAGAGAACCAGUUCGACAUACGGCGCCUGUUGUUACAUUUCAAAACGAAUUCGAAAGUGAACCACCGAGAAAAAAACCUCGUGCACAAUCUGAAAUGGGGCAUAAACGUACCAAACGACCGUCAAAUAGUACACAUUCAAGUAGUAAAUCGACAAAAUCGAUGAAAUUGUCAACAAUCAAAGAAAGCCACGAAAAAGCAGAGAAGCAUCGCAAUGAUAUUACGCCAUUCCAAGAAGAAAUUCCGAUGCUAAUAAAGAAAAAAACGCUAUCGAAAGAAGACUGGUGGAAAGGCAUGCUUAAUCUCAAACAAAAAGAUCCAAUCAUACACAGUAUUAAAGACACCGAUGCUGAACACAUAAACAACAGAUUUGGUCAAAUUGAAAUAUCGUCAACGGACAAAAUUUCUUAUAUGGAAAGAGACGGUGUCGACUAUGGUUUUAUACCAUCGGCAUCACGGCAAACUGUUGGUUUUAUGCGAUUUAGGAGUGGAGCGUCUAAGGUUAAAGGACCAAGUCACGAGGAAGUGGAAUUGCAUGUGCUUAAAGGUGAAUUCCUCAUAGAAUGUGACGAUACCACCAUGGAUGCUUUUGCUGGUUGUGAUAUCACCGUUCCAAAGGGCGUAUCGUAUGGAUUGAAGAACGUUAGUGAUGACAUUGGUAUCAUCCAAUGCACAUAUGCAUUAUCAAUGUCAUGAACAUUUCUAUUAAGAUCACAUGUACAAAUAUUUGAUUUGGUUUUUUUUUCUUGUUUGGCUUUAUUUUUCUCUAUACACCUCAUAAAUUUAAGUUAAAAAUUUAAAGCCUUAUAAAAAUGCUCGUUCAUGAAAUAUAAAUUAAAAUCUACUUAGAUUUUAUCGUUGAAAGUUUUUGCAGUGAAUUUAAAAUUCUGAAAUAAAAAUGAACUUAAGAAUAUUAUAUGAUGAG